AUGUUCUAUUUGGCAUUGGAGAAUAAUAUUUGUCACAAUUAUGUAACAGAAAAAUUUUGGAAUUCGUUAAGAUCACUUACUGUACCUGUAGUUUUUAGUAGAUCUGUUUUUGAAGGAAUGGAUGUUCCUUCUAGUGCAUUUAUUGCUUUGGAUGAUUUUAAAUCAGUGAAUGAAUUUGUUGCGCAUCUAAAGGCUUUGCAAAAUGAUACGGAAAGAUAUUUAAAGUAAAU